UUUGCUUCUCUGAACCAUCUUCACCAUCACCAUCACCUUGUGCCUCUCCUCUCUUCUGUUUCAUUUCUUUGCAUUGGGGAAUAAUAUUAAUAAUAAAAAAUAGAGAAGAGAUAUAGAAGCAACAAUGGCUGUUUUUUCUUUUUUGCAUGUUAUUGCCAUUGUUGCUUUCACUUUCGCCAUUGCUUUGCCUCAGCUGGCUCAUGCCCAAUCUGGCGCGGCACCUGCUCCUGCACCCACCAGCGACGGCACUUCAAUCGACCAAGGAAUAGCUUAUCUCCUAAUGCUGGUGGCAUUGAUUCUCACUUACCUCAUUCAUUGAAAUGACUACAAUGCUGCAGCACAUUGAUUGCCUUGAUUAUGCCAUUUAUUCGUUAUUAUUA